CAUCAGCACAACGGGCACACCUCUCAAGGUCGCCACACGCCUCUCUCUCCCACUUUCGCAGGGCGUUGAUCAUAGCAGAAGAAGCCAUAAGCGGACGGACCGUUACUCCUCCAUUACUCGAUUGUUUGGGAGCUCCAGUUUUGUUUCUCUGCGAGAUCCUUAUCUUCUUGCUCGUUUUGAUGUGCCAAUCGUCAUGUAUAUAACUGCUUCAUCGUUAUCUUCUUCUUUGCUCAGAGCUUCUAGGGCUCACUUCUCCUCUUCUCUCUCUAGAGUUUCUCUCUCGAGAGCAAUCUCUUCCAAUCCUCUCUCCUCUUCCUCCCUCGCGUGCCGUUCUCUUCGCUUUUCGUCUUCUGCAUUUCGAUCUCUUCGGUCUGUCAAUUUCAGGCCUCCGAUGAGUCUACGGGCUCAGAUCGGUGCGGCGGUUCCGGUGGUUGAGCAGUUCCAGCGGAGGAUCGCUACGAUGGCUCCAGAAAAUGCAUUUAAAGGAAUCUUGACUGGUCUUCCCAAGGCUAGCGGAGGGGAGUUCGGAAAGUACUAUAGCCUGCCUGCUCUAAAUGACCCAAGAGUUGAUAAGUUGCCAUAUUCCAUAAGGAUCCUUCUGGAAUCUGCAAUUCGUAAUUGCGACAACUUCCAAGUCACUAAGGAAGAUGUUGAGAAGAUCAUCGACUGGGAAAAUACUUCUCCAAAGCAAGUUGAAAUUCCCUUCAAGCCUGCUCGUGUUAUCUUGCAGGAUUUUACAGGUGUACCAGCUGUCGUUGACCUUGCUUGUAUGCGAGAUGCAAUGAACAAGCUUGGCAGUGAUUCUAACAAGAUCAAUCCUCUGGUUCCUGUUGAUCUUGUUGUUGAUCAUUCAGUUCAAGUUGAUGUAGCAAGGUCAGAAAAUGCAGUGCAGGCAAAUAUGGAGCUUGAAUUCCAGAGAAACAAGGAGAGAUUUGCUUUUCUUAAAUGGGGAUCUACUGCUUUCCAUAACAUGCUUGUUGUUCCCCCUGGUUCUGGGAUUGUGCAUCAGGUUAAUCUGGAAUAUCUUGGACGAGUUGUUUUCAAUGCAGAUGGCUUGCUCUACCCUGAUAGUGUGGUCGGGACUGAUUCCCAUACAACUAUGAUUGAUGGGUUAGGAGUUGCUGGCUGGGGAGUUGGAGGUAUUGAAGCGGAGGCAGCAAUGCUUGGCCAGCCCAUGAGCAUGGUGUUACCUGGUGUUGUUGGUUUCAAAUUAACUGGAAAAUUGCGCAAUGGUGUCACAGCUACCGACUUGGUCUUAACUGUGACACAGAUGCUGAGGAAGCAUGGUGUUGUUGGCAAAUUUGUUGAGUUCUAUGGGGAUGGUAUGGCAGAACUAUCAUUAGCAGACAGGGCCACUAUUGCCAAUAUGUCUCCUGAAUAUGGUGCAACAAUGGGCUUCUUUCCUGUAGAUCGUGUCACUUUACAAUAUCUCAAAUUAACUGGAAGAAGUGAUGAGACUGUGGCAUUGAUAGAAGCAUAUCUGCGUGCAAAUAAAAUGUUCGUUGACCAUAAUGAGCCUCAACAAGAAAGAGCAUACUCGUCUUAUCUGGAAUUGGACCUUGUGAAUGUUGAACCUUGUGUCUCAGGACCAAAGAGGCCUCAUGAUCGGGUUACUUUGAAAGAAAUGAAAGUAGAUUGGCAUUCUUGUCUUGACAACAAAGUUGGAUUUAAAGGCUUUGCUGUACCAAAGGAGGCACAGGACAAAGUGGCCAAAUUUUCUUUCCAUGGGCAACCUGCAGAGCUCAAGCAUGGAAGUGUUGUGAUUGCUGCUAUCACAAGCUGUACAAAUACAUCAAACCCAAGUGUCAUGCUUGGGGCUGCUCUUGUUGCAAAAAAGGCUUGUGAACUCGGUUUAGAGGUUAAACCAUGGAUAAAAACAAGUCUUGCCCCAGGCUCGGGAGUUGUUACAAAAUAUUUACUCCAGAGUGGGCUGCAAAAGUACUUAAAUCAGCAGGGCUUCCAUAUUGUUGGUUAUGGCUGCACAACAUGUAUUGGAAAUUCAGGGGAAAUAGAUGAAUCAGUUGCUUCUGCGAUUACAGAAAAUGACAUUGUUGCAGCAGCCGUGCUCUCUGGGAACCGAAAUUUUGAGGGUCGUGUUCAUCCCUUGACAAGAGCUAACUACCUUGCUUCGCCUCCAUUGGUGGUUGCAUACGCCCUUGCUGGCACGGUUGACAUUGACUUUGAGAAGGAGCCCAUUGGAACAGGGAAGGAUGGUAAGAGUGUAUACUUCAAGGAUAUCUGGCCAUCUACAGAAGAAAUUGCAGAGGUUGUUCAAUCCAGUGUGUUGCCUAAUAUGUUCAAAAGUACAUAUGAAGCUAUCACCAAAGGCAAUUCAAUGUGGAAUGACUUAUCAGUUCCAGCUAACACCCUAUACUCAUGGGAUGCCAAAUCAACCUACAUUCAUGAACCCCCAUAUUUCAAGAACAUGACCAUGGAUCCUCCUGGAGCCCAUGGAGUGAAGGAUGCUUACUGCUUGCUGAACUUUGGUGACAGUAUUACAACAGAUCACAUUUCACCUGCUGGAAGCAUCCAUAAAGACAGUCCUGCUGCAAAGUAUCUCCUUGAGCGUGGGGUUGAUCGCAAGGACUUCAACUCUUAUGGCAGCCGUCGUGGCAAUGAUGAAGUGAUGGCAAGGGGAACCUUUGCCAAUAUCCGCCUUGUUAACAAGCUCUUGAAUGGGGAAGUGGGCCCAAAGACCAUUCAUGUUCCUACAGGAGAGAAACUCUCUGUGUUUGAUGCAGCAAUGAAAUACAAGACUGCUAAUCAGGGCACCAUUAUCUUGGCUGGAGCUGAAUAUGGAAGUGGAAGCUCCCGAGAUUGGGCUGCCAAGGGUCCCAUGCUAUUGGGAGUCAAAGCAGUGAUUGCCAAAAGCUUUGAGAGGAUUCAUCGCAGUAACUUGGUGGGAAUGGGCAUUAUUCCACUCUGUUUCAAGCCUGGUGAGGAUGCUGACACACUAGGAUUGACUGGUCAUGAACGAUAUACCAUUGACCUCCCAAGUAACAUUGAUGAGAUAAGGCCUGGCCAAGAUAUUACAGUCACGACCAACACAGGAAAAUCUUUCAUCUGCACUGCCCGCUUUGACACUGAGGUGGAGUUGGCUUAUUUCAACCAUGGAGGCAUUCUCCCAUACGUAAUUCGGAAUUUGAUUAAACAGUAAACGAUUUCAUUCUUGCUCAGCAGUUUCAAUCCAUUGAGCCCAGCUCUUGAAAUUGUAUAAUGCGAGAUGGGAAUGAAGUCUGAAUAAUGGGGAAAAGAAAUUUCUUUUGCCGGAUGGAGGUGGUUUUUUUCUUUAUUUGAGGUGUGCAGGCAGGCAUGCUUCAAAAGGAGGGAAUUAUUUUUCCUCGCAUGCUUGGUUUUUGUCAACGAAAAAAGAACGAACUACUGGUAAUAAAAUUCAUGUCCUAUUGA